AUGAAAUUGUUACCGCAUUUGAUGAUAUUGAAUGUUAAUUGUAAUGACACAAAUUUAUAUGCAUCAAAUGAUUUAAAAUGUGAUGCUGAAUUCUUUGAAUUUGCUGUUGAGAUUAGUGAAAUAAUUAGAGAUUUAUGGCAUGGUAUAAAGGAUGACAACACAAGACAAAAUGAAGGAACCAAAGAAUUAAAGUUAUUAUCACCAUUAUUCUUAGCAUUAACGAAUGGAAUACCAGAAACUAUUCAGAAAUGGCAAGCAGACUUAUUAUUAGGCGAGAUGAUACAACCUGCAUCCAAAUACAGAAAAACAAUGCAGAAAUUGUUCAACAAAACAAAAGGCAAAGAUAAAUCGAGAGGAUGCAAAUCAGAUCAUUGUUUGUUUGUAGGGAUGCUUGGUUUGUGUCUUGAAAUUUUAUUUUCUGAAACAUCCACUAAAACUUUUAGUGAAGAUGAUCUAUUAGAAAAAAUUAAUGAAGAUUGUAAUAAGCUGCUUAGAUUUGGAAGAGUUGUUAUUGCUAAGAUCAGAAAAGAAGUUGUUAUAAAAAUCAAAUUUACCUUGAAGAUUUGGAGAAAGAUUAGAACCUGGUGCGCAUAUUCCCAGAUUUGGUGA